AUGGAGCGGAUAUGGAGGUUGUUGUUCGUCUCGCUAACUGCUUUGCAGUUUACCAUAUCCCUUGCCUCUCCAGUGUACCAGGUGCAGCCGACACCUCCCCAGACCACCCUGGGGAAGAGUGCCACGAUCUCAGGUCCUCGGCCGAGUCCUGACGCUCCCAACGCACCUCUCAGAGAAGCCCACAGCACCAGCACGCCACUGCCACGGCCAAAACGGGACUGGAACGACCCUCCCUCACGAGAAGCCUUAACAUCUCCCGCCAAGGUCAUCACAAGUCUUGGUCCGUCCGGCACAGUUCAGAUCCUCGCCAGCAAGAAGACACCCGCCAGUGGCUUCAUUCACUCCAUCCUCGACACCAACGGUCACGUCACAUCCGUGCCACUUUUGACGAACCCGAUCCCAAAGCCGACAUCUCUGCUCGCAGCUGUCUCAGUGGUUGUGAGUUUAAAGGUCGUGCCGUCGAUCUCCGUUAAAAUGACGGCCCGAGACAUUUUCGCCGAUCCCAUUUCCACGGAUGCGCCACCGCAAAACAUCGGCAGGGAGCAGGACCAUCCCGUGGGCAGACUAGGGAUCCAAGGAAAAGGCCCGUUCGAGACCAACAAAUUCUACGGCAAUUUCCACCGUGGAAAUCAGACUUCGCCAUCGUACCUGCACCCGUACUCGGUUGCGUGGGCGCGAGGGCAGGGAGCUUCUGGCAGCUGGGGUCUUGCCGUCUCGCAUGUCGAAGCUCACCAGAGAGUUUAUGGCCCGGCUAGCCCCGGGACUGGCGCUGUGCAAUACUUCAUCAACCCCAUCGGGAUCCAUUCCGUGUGUCUUUCCGCUAAGGAGUUGGGAAGCGACACCACCCUCACCACGGAGGCGUUGACGGACUUCUCUGUCCAAGUCAAUUUGCACCCGACCGCCGAGGCGUCUCCCGCCGUGCAGUUUCCCCUGGCUCAAGGUUCAGCCUUCAUCACGGCCAUUUACAAUGGCGCAACCCCCGUGUUCCAGACGACCGUCUUCUUCAGGGCCGUCACACGCGUGACCACGGAUCCCAAGUCCGGCGUCACCAAGUACAAGAUUCAACUUGAAGACGGGGCUAACUGGCUGGUGUACGCCCACCACACCAAAGGCGACCCUCUGGAUCUCGAAGUUGUCAACAACGGACUGACUCAGGCCAAGGGGGCGUUCUACGGUACCAUCCAGGUGGCCAAGGACCCCGGUGAUGGCGAAAAGGUGUACGACCAGGCCUGCGGUGCCUACCCCGUCGGUGUCCAGCUCUCCGGCUCCGUGGAUGGGGCGAAGGGGACCUACCGUUUCUCCUUUAAGAAGGCCGGCAUGAGCGACACCACGCUCGCCAUGUUUGCGCUGCCUCACCACCAGAGCUCGUUUGACGAUGCCACCCGAGGAAAGCUGACCGGCUUGAAGCUGCAGACCACGACCAAGGGAAUAGCAACCUUGGUCGUGGCUGAUUCUUGGACCAUGGACGAGCCUAAUCUGCCGACAGGCAUUGGCUUCCUGCCGUGGUCACCGGAAGCCGGGAUAGUCAGGACAAUCUCCAACGCCACCAAGCAGGUCAUCCACAACAUCGCGCAGCAGGAAGUCUCACAGAAUAUCAUUCAGCAGUUGGAUGAGAACUCGAUGUAUUUUAGUGGAAAGGCGCUCGCCAAGUUUGCUAGUCUCAUACUGUCCAUCCAGGAGUUGCUGAACGACCCAGGGCUCGCCCAGGCCGGGUUAACGCAGCUAAAGGAGGCAUUUUCCCGUUUUACGCAGAAUGCCCAGAAGUACCCCCUUGUGUACGAGAGUGGUUGGGGAGGCGUGGUCUCGUCCGCCAUGUACGUGACGGGUGACCCCUAUGUCGACUUUGGCAACACAAUCUACAACGAUCACCACUUCCACUGGGGCUACUUCAUCUACACGGCGGCCGUCAUCGGCCACCUCGACCCGUCGUGGGUCAACUCCAACAAAGCCUACGUCGACAUGCUCGUCCGUGACGUCUCCAACCCCAGCACGCGGGACCAGUACUUCCCCCUCUGGCGGAACUUCGACUGGUUCCACGGCCACAGCUGGGCCCACGGGCUCUCCGACACGCUCGACGGUAACGACCAAGAAUCCAGCUCGGAGGACACCAUGCACGCCUACGCCCUGAAGAUGUGGGGUUCCAUCACGGGCGACAAGAACCUGGAAGCCCGCGGCAACCUGAUGCUCUCGGUCCAAGCCCGCUCCAUGCAGGCCUACUACCUCUACAGCACCACCAACACGGUCCAGCCCGCCGAGUUCGUCGGCAACAAGGUGGCCGGCAUCCUGUUCGAGAACAAGAUCGACCACACGACCUACUUCGGCAACCGCACCGAGGACAUCCAGGGCAUCCACAUGCUGCCGCUGCUGCCCCACACCCCGCUCGUCCGCAGCCCGGCCUUUGUGCGCGAGGAGUGGGACACCUACUUCAGCGGCGGCCGCGACGCGCCGAUUGUGGGUGGGUGGAGGGGGGUCAUCUGGGGCAGCUAUGCGACUGUUGAUCCCCGCGCGGCGUACGAGUUCUUUGCCGGGGACGGGUUUGAUCCCGCGUGGUUGGAUGGGGGCGCCAGUUUGACGUGGUAUUUGUGUUAUGCUGCUGGUGAGUUGCUCUUCUUCGUCUUCUCCCUUGCUCUGUUUGUUGCUUGUGAGGAUUUUGUGUGUGCGUAUGGGAUUAUGCUGACGCGGAUGGCUGGUAGCUUUGGGCGGGCUUUAAUAGGUUGUUUUUUUGCGGGUUGGAUGGGUUAUUCGUCGUGA